AUGGGGUUUGAGAGCUUUGCCAACAAGUAUGGUGGGAUUACUACGUUUCUUCGCGUUUACUCCACUCAGCAAUACACGAGCUCUUCUGCUCUAGCGAAGGAUCUCGGUUUCAGGCUACUCACGGUCUUGCUUCUCUACUUCAAUAUGGAUGCUCCAAAUUUCAGCAAUUCAAAGUACCUCGAAACCGGCCGGAAAGUUGCAGGCUGGGCCGGACUGAUAUUUGCUACAGUCUCCCUCUUCGAUGCUGCUCUACGUCCCAAGUACAAGGGCCUUCGGUUACUAGAUGAGCUCUCUAUUCUGUGCCUCUUCACUGCUAUUUUUGCCUUAUUUUGUUGGCUCUUCAAAAGAUAUCGGGGAAGGCUUUGGUGUGACAGUUGGUACCAUUGGUUCAUUGGGACUGGUCGUCAGUUUAUUAAUGGAGUGGAGAAGAUCAUGCCAAGCGGAGCAUGUUGA